CGACCGGGUGGCUACUCACCGAGGCGACAGACCCGGUGAGCCGCUCUAGAGCCUGUCAAGAAUGAGUGGUUUUUCAGCAGGCAGAGUCUGCCUACAGGCAGAAGUCUAACCCCACCUGGGACGUCUCCUAGUCGCCCAUCGUCGACAGUGUUAGAAGUGCAGACGACUAGUUGGAUUCGGACAGGAGACACCGCCUCAGUGGGCUCCCUCCAGCCCUCCACAGCUGCCUCCAGCACUUUUCCUUAGCCACGAAGGUGGUACCCACUUAGAGAAAUGAGGAGCUGAGUUUGUAAAUCCAGGCAGGAAUUUAAUAAUGAAAUAAAAAGGUUUCCAGUCCUUUUACUUUGUGCCACCUGAGACUUUCCUCCCUACGCUCUUCACCUUGCUGUCUUCCUCAAAAAAAGGAGAAAAAGGGCCCAGAGGGACCACAUGUCUUGGAGGGACACCACUGUCCUUGGCCAGCUUGGAGGACGCUUAGGAACCACUGGCUUAAGCUGUGAGUGCCUCCAACUCCACCAGUGACCAGCAGUGAGCUGGAUGUUGUUUACCUGCUUGUAAAAACUCAUUCAGGGCUCCCAUGUCUCCCGUGUGAACCCCACACCCAAAAGAAGAGUUGGGAUCGUAAGGACAGGGAAACUCAGGCUGUUUUAGAAUGUGGAUUUUGCUGAGAAUCUGAGUUCGAGUCCCACCUCAGGUAGGACUGGUUGGAAGCCGCUCUCAACUGUGGUUGGCUGUAAUCCCACCUGAGAAAGCUGGUUGUCUGUCUUGUCAGAGGGGUAGCAUGGGCAUGGGAGUUUAUUGAUGGCUACCCCCCAUGGACCUCCCGAGAAUGAUCUAGACCCCAGCCUGGAUGGAGCUGAGGCAUAUGGGAAAGGGAGGUAUUACCUCACUCAGGAGGCUAAAGUUUGUUCUGAGAUAAUUUAAUUGCGUGUCUAAAAUCCAGACAGUGAUGAUGAAUCUCAAGGCCUUUGUGCCUCCUGUGAGGCUACACGAUACGUGAUUUCUUUUAGUGGCAGUCACAAGGGGAUGACCGGGUCUGGCCACUGGAAUAUGAAGGGGAGUUGCCCAAAUAGCAUUUCCCUCUUUGGUGGGGCUCUUACCUGGCAGGAGACUCAUGCCUGUCAGAUUUGGGGUUAAGGAGGGUUUGCUCCAGCGAGUUUAGCCAGUGAUUAGGUUCUUUUUGAUAUCUCCCUCUCUUUCUUCCUUUCUGUUUCCCUCCUGUCCCCAUGUCAGGCCUGUGUUGUUGUUAUAACCUCCCUUUCCCUCUUGAUUCCUUUGGCCCUUCUGAUCCAGUCUGUAUGCGGCUACCAGGUCAUUCUUCCUAAAACACCUCUUCCCCGUGUCACUCUCCUUCUCACAAACUUGCAAUGGCUUCCCAUUCCCUGCAGUCUGACCCUAGACAGUGUCCCCUUCAGCUCUUCCCUAGCCAUACCAAGGACAUUUUUUCUUCCUGCAUCUUCACUCCUGCCACUCCCCUUCCUUUACUUCCACUUGAAUCCCACUUUUCCUUAGUCUGGUUGUUGCUUAGGCCACUCCAGGCCAACACAGUCAUCUGCGCCUGAGCUCAUGACUCUGGAUUUUCUAACGUGGUAUCCUCUUGAGUGGUUUUGUAGGUUGGAAGUUUCUUAAGGACAGGAACAAUAUGAGUGUUAAACCUAUGUGUUUGUGUGUGUGUGUUUGUGUGUGUGUGUGAAUAUUCUGGUAUUUCUUGUACAGUGCUGUGCACAUCAUUUUUGUUGAGUGAAUAAAUGUGGUUUGUUGCUGAGUUAGGCAGGAACAAGGAGGAGACCUUCCUUUCAGCUUCUCCAGAAAUGCUCAUAUUGGAGUCCUUGGAGGUUUCCAGCCCUUUCUGUCAAAGGCAUAUGGAUGGGGCAUGUUUGGGGUGCUGUAAAUGGGAAAUUUAACUGCUGUUUCUGAUAUUUCUGCUGGUGAAGAGUCCUAUGGAUUGCUUAUGUGAUACCAUAUAGACAUUGGAAAAGGGCUGUGAGCCUCUUUUCCUCCUACCUUACCGGACCACCAUUCUUUUUACCCAGCUUUGCUCUCUUAUGCAGUUUUCCUUGUUCAUGCUAAAUGAAUCCAUAUGUUUUAUCUUUUCUCAAACCGGGUGCAAAUGAGGGAGAAAACACGAUUCUGAGCACAGAAAAAACAAAUAUUCCUGGGUCUGGCCCAGAGAUGGGACUUUUGGGGCUGGUUUGGAAGAGGUGUUUAUGGGGGCAUCACCAACAUAAGAGGUGCAAUCAGCCCCAUAUUGAUCCCCUCAUAAAGGAAAGCUGCAAUCCCUGCUCCCUCAGGUUUCUGUUUUUGUUCACCAUCAACCCUGGACCAUGGGGUAAUCGGGAAAGAGGACUGGUGACUGGUUAGAGGCUAGAUAGUGAAAAAAUAUAUUCUGCAUCCAUCCCCUUUCCCCCAAACCUCCCUUUUGUGCCCCAGUUUGAUGAUUAAUGGACCAGCAUUUCCCUUCUACGCGGGAAGGCCACCCCUCACAGUUGCCAUGGCAAUGCAGACCGCUCCCCCGUCAAUUAAAAAAAAAAAAUCCCUACUACUUCUCUCCUCCUUCUACUGUAGCAGGAGAAAAGCCACCUCAGAAUGCAUCUCCUGGGCUCUCAGCUCCUCAGCUGUGUUUGCUGUGUGUCCUAGAACACGGUCCUUCCUCUCUUUCUGGGGAUUGCCUGAGUUUCUUCACUCUGAGCAAAUUGUGCCCCUUCUGGAGCCAGCAGCCCCUGGAACACUUCUAUCAAGAAAUAGAGAAAAUUUCUGUUUAUUUAUUCAUCCCUAGUGCAAAUUAAAAACCAGAGAGAGCUUUUGGGUUAAAAAAAAAAAAACCCUUUCACACCUUGUCUGGUUAGAGGUAUAAGUUGGGGAGCAUUUGACAUCCAGAAGGGAAGUUUUAGUAAACCUGGAAGGAAUUCAGCCUCCUAGCAUACAUGCUUCAAAUUGGAGUUCUGUGGGGAAUUUUCAAAAUUAUUUUCAUUCCUCCUCAUCUCUCUGUUCCAGCAUCCAGGAAGACUUGUGUGUUUUCAUUUUAUCUGUUCUUAUUCCUCUUGGCCUUGCUCCGGCAACAUCUGGCCUCAGCACCCUGUCGCAAGGUUGCAAGUACUCCAUGACACACACUCGGAGAAAGUCUCUUCCCAUGCUGAGUUCGGGCCCCAGUGGCCGCCGAGAGCCCCUGCAGAUGGAAGACAGCAACAUGGAGCAGGGGGCUGAGGGUGUGGAGCCAGGCAUGCCUGAGAGCCCAGGUCACCUCACAGGGCGCCGCAAGAACUACCCACUUCGUAAGCGCCCAUUGGUUCCUGAGAAGCCCAAGGCCUGCAAAGUGCUGCUGACUCGCCUGGAGAAUGUGGCCGGUCCCCGGAGUGCAGAUGAGGCUGAUGAGCUACCGCCUGACCUGCCCAAGCCCCCCAGCCCAGCCCCAUCCAGUGAGGACCCUGGCCUUGCCCAGCCCCGCAAGCGGCGCCUGGCCUCCCUCAAUGCUGAAGCUCUCAAUAACCUGCUGCUGGAGCGAGAGGACACCAGCAGCCUGGCAGGCACCCGCCGCAGCCGAGCGGGGGAUCCCCACCGCAGCCGUGACCGUGAUCGUGCUACUGGGGGCUGGUCCUCCUCCAAGAAGCGGCCCCGGCUGGGGGACCUUGGAGGAGGAAGUCGGGACCUGUCUCCAGAGCCAGCACCAGAUGAAGGUCCCCGCCGAGAUGGAGACCCAGCUCCCAAGAGACUGGCUAGCCUGAACGCAGCUGCUUUCCUAAAGCUGAGCCAGGAGCGGGAGCUACCCCUGCGUCUGCCUCGUGCCCAUGCAGAAGUAGAUGGGCGCUCCACUGAGCCCCCAGCACCCAAGGCCCUGAGGCCAAAGUGGCCCAAGGUCAAUGGCAAGAACUAUCCCAAGGCUUGGCAGGGGGCCAGCUCUGGGGAGGCUGCAGGCCCACCCGGCUGGCAAGGCUGCCCUGAUGAGUCAUGGCCAUCUACAACUCCUCGCGGACCAUCCGUCCAGCCAUCUCAUCAGCCCCUGAGCAAGGCUCUGGAGAGCCCUUUGGGGCUGCGCCCUCACCUACCCCUACUGAUGGGUGGACAGGCGGCUCUGAAGCCAGAGCCUGGGCGCCCAGGCGAGGAGUCACCUGCCCCUAAGCAGGAACUGCAUCAGCCCUCGUUCCCCACACCUCAGCUGUCUCCGCUGCCGAUGCCUGGCAACCCCGCCGACUAUAGUGGCCUAUGUGUUGGGCCCGAGCUCACUGCACUAGGCAGCUUCUACCUGUACUGUGGCCAAGAGGGGCUGCAGUGUGGGGGCUACUCGCCCUGCCCCAUGCUCCCUGAGGGCAAGCUAUCCCCAGUGGCUGCACCUCAAGAAGAGGGGCUCCUCUUAGCCCCGAGCUCAGUGCCCUCAGGCACCCCUUUUCAGCACCCUCCCUGGGGCCCCUCUCGCUACUGCUCUAGUGAGGACACUGGAGUGAAUGGCUACAGCAUCUGCGGAGUGUUGCCCCUGUCUGUCACCCGCGCUGGCACUACCUGUGGCGGCUGCCCAUACAAAAUGCCUUUUGCAGCAGAAGGCUGCAGAUCCCUGAGCCAGUUGGAAUUUCCUCUCCCAGAAGCUGGCCACCCAGCCUCACCCGCCCACCCACUCCUGGGAUGCCCUGUACCCAGUGUACCACCUGCAGCAGAGCCUGUCCCCCAUCUUCAGACACCCACCUCGGAGCCUCAGACAGUAGCCCGUGCGUGCCCUCAGAGCGCCAAACCACCCAGUGGUUCUAAGUCAGGUCUGCGCACGGGCUCCAGCUGCAGGCACACUGCAAGGAGCAAGGCAGCCCGCAGGCCCAGUCACCCCAAGCAGCCACGUGUCCAGCGCCCACGCCCUCGCCGCCGCCGUCGCCGCCGCACUAAUGGCUGGGUACCUGUUGGGGCUGCCUGUGAGAAGGCCGUGUAUGUCUUGGUAAGUGCCAGCUCUUAGCUGAUGACAAGAGGGAGGGAGGCAGUGGGGACACAGGACUUGCAGUGAGGUAGGUGCUAGGAGCACCUGGUUCUAGCUACUCUGACAGGUGACAGGGGACUCCAGUUUACUUGUACCCCAGGAAUCAGUCAUGCUGGCCCACCCAGCUUGCUUCCCUAGCCCCCUGCUGAUCCUGUACCAGACACCGCAGGGAGGUCAGGAGACACACAGUCAUAGCUGGUGGCUGCCAUCUCUGUGAGUGUCUUCCCCUUCCCUCCCUGCUCACUCCGUCCCUUAUACCCUGGAUUGUAAAACGGAGGACUGUCAAUGGAGAACUUUUCUGGAUAAGUAUAUAGAGGAAGUUGGAAUGCGCAGAGAAAAUUAGUGAUACAGAGAACAUCUGGGAUGAUGAAAAGAGGCCAGGUGCAGUGGCUCACAUCUUUAAUCCCAGUACUUUGGGUGAUGGAGGUGGUAAGAUCACAUGAGGCCAGAAGUUCGAGACAAGCCUGAGCAAUACAGACCUCAUCUCUACAAAGUAAAAACAUAAGCUGCACAGUGCUGUGCACCGGGAGGCUGAAGUGGGAGGAUUGCUUAGGUCCAGGAGUUCAAGGCUGCAGUGAGCUGAUUGCACCACUGCACUCCA